UGGUGGCACAAGCACGAACGUCCCACAAUACCAACGCCCUGACUGUAGUUCAAUAUUCCUUUCAAUUACUUGAAGAUGAGGGUCUUAUCCUGCGCCUCCCCUGCUUAUCCUACGUGCUCUCUUCGAGCUUCCAGACCCAUAGCUACAGUUCGUUCAAGCUCUGGAGGCUCAGUUUCCUUCAGUACUCAUCAUCAUCAUCGUCAUUGUCAGGACCCUCCCUUUGUUCCAGAGGUUGUGAAAGCAGUCGACUCUUUGUAUUCAGAGUUCAGAGCUGUGGAUAGUUUGGUGGCAUGCAAUACCGCACGUGUUCUAAAAGCUUUCCAGAAUGCUCGAGUUGGAUCUCAUCACUUUGGUGGAUGCACUGGCUAUGGCCAUGAUGAAGCUGGGGGACGUGAAGCACUUGAUCAAGCUUUUGCAGAUAUUGUUGGAGCUGAAUCUGCAAUAGUUCGUUCACAGUUUUUUUCAGGUACUCAUGCAAUCACCUGUGCUUUGUUUGCCUUUUUAAGGCCAGAGGAUGAGCUUUUGGCAGUUGCUGGUGCUCCCUAUGAUACGUUAGAGGAAGUUAUCGGAAAGAGGGACUCCCAUGGACUGGGGUCCCUGAAGGAUUUUGGAGUGAACUACCGAGAAGUUCCACUUUCUGAGGAUGGUGGCCUUGACUGGGACGCACUUGUGGGUGCUGUGAAACCUCAAACAAGAUGUGCACUCAUACAGAGGUCAUGUGGUUAUUCAUGGCGUCGGAGCUUAAGCGUAAAUGAGAUAGGCAGGGCAAUUGAGAUGAUUAAGAUGCAGAAUCCUAAUUGCUUGGUCAUGGUGGAUAAUUGCUAUGGUGAAUUUGUGGAAAGCAUUGAACCUCCAUUGGUGGGUGCAGAUUUGAUUGCAGGGAGUUUGAUAAAAAAUCCUGGUGGAACCAUUGCACCAUGCGGUGGAUAUGUUGCAGGGAGGGAAAGAUGGGUAAGAGCAGCUGCUGCUCGCCUCUCUGCACCAGGGCUUGGGGUUGAUUGUGGCUCCACUCCUGGUGAUAUUAUGCGAGCUUUUUUCCAGGGGUUGUUCCUUUCACCUCAAAUGGUUGGCGAGGCAAUCAAGGGAACCCUUCUGAUUGCUGAAGUUAUGGCAUCUAAAGGGUAUAAGGUGCAGCCACUUCCUCGUGUCCAACGCCAUGAUAUAGUGCAGGCUGUGCAGCUUGGGAGCUGUGAGCGUCUUCUUGCCUUUUGUGAGGCUGUUCAGAGAAGCUCCCCAGUUGGCUCGUAUACUAAACCAGUCGCUGGUACAACUCCUGGAUAUGCAUCAGAGGUGAUCUUUGCUGAUGGAACCUUCAUUGAUGGGAGUACCAGUGAGCUCUCAUGUGAUGGACCACUAAGAGAGCCAUUUGCUGUAUACUGCCAGGGUGGCACCCAUUGGACUCAAUGGGGACUAGUUCUUGGAGAGGUUCUGAAAUCAUUAUAAGCUAAAAAUCAAUUUUGGGUUAUGAGGAGACACAAGUUUUCUCAAUGAUAAUCUUCUGGGGACUCAUUAUAAGCAAAGGCCUGACAAGCUACCACCCAUGCGACCUGCAUCUUCACAUGCCUCCUCCUCCACUGCAGCUGUUUCUGGUGCAGAUUCAACCGGAGAUGAUGGUUUUCGAACCGCUUCCCGAGCAAGAACUAACGAGAAGAUUUUUUAAUUUUUUUUUUUUCUUAAAAAAAAACUGCUAGAGAACAGAUGGGGAUGAUUUUAAAUCAACACCGUGAUUACAUACUUGAAAAUUGAUGGAGUAGCAUGCUUUGGAACUUCUAUGGUCUGAAAAAAUGAAAAGAAAAGAAAAACAAAUAGUAGGAUGAACUGAAUUGCUUGCUCAAGGGAUAAGCAUCUGUCUUGUCAACAUCCAUAGUACCAAAUAAAGAGUCCACCAUGAAGGCCAUACAUGGUCAAUUCCAUAAGCAACGUGAACUUUUAUGGGGCUGUUGCUCAGUUUUCAUUUGCAGGCCAUCCAUGACACAGUAGGAUAGAUUCUUCGAAGAGUGCGAUAUCAGCUUCUUAAAUGUAGUUUGAAGAAGAUCACACUUCAGAUUUUGAUCUUGUUUAAGGUUGACCAGAAAUCAGGUCGCUUGAGUGGAAUUACAAGAUCCAAGUGAGAUUAUAAACUCAUCAGAGAAUUUUUUUUUUUUUUUUUUUU